AUGGACUCCGGGAAGAGACUUCGAUACGACACGACCAUCUGUGUUCAGACUAGUUUGGUCUAUUUCUUACUCUGCAUAAUUGCCGUAGCUGUUUACCGGCUGGCCUUACAUCCUCUGGCCAGACACCCUGGUCCAUUAUUCGCGCGGAUAUCGGCCAUACCGAAUUGGUAUCAUGCGAAGAGGGGCGAUAGACAUGAGUGGCUUCAUAAGAUGCACACUCAAUAUGGUACCAUUGUGCGAUUCACGCCAAACUCGAUCUCAUUCAAUACGCCGUCUGCUCUUGAAUCAAUAUACAAAUCAAGGAAGGCGAACAUUAUCAAGUCAGACUGGUACCAGUGUGUUCGAGACUCUGCCGGAGGAUUCGAGAGCACUUUUACUGCUAGGGAUAAGGCGCGGCAUGGUGUCAAGCGACGGUUGCUGUCACACGCAUUUUCAGACAAAGCGCUGAGAGAGUAUGAGCCCCGAAUCUGUCAGAAGAUAUCAAGCUGGCUGGAUUACCUGGAAGCAGAAGCAGAAGCAAAGAAUGGUACUGUCGAUUUGGGAGAAUGGUGCAACUUCCUGAUUUUCGACAUAUUGGGAGACCUCGCGUUCGGGGCAUCAUUCGGAUUUACUGCUAAGGAAGAAGAUCGCUCAAUCGUUGGUUUGGUUCCAAGGGCUACAGGUGGCUGGUAUUCGGUGAGCACGAGAUCCACAGAUCCAACUGCGCAAUCUCCGAGACUGACGUCGCAGCUGGGUUAUCAUCCGUUGACCAAAUGGUGGCGACAUAUUCUGUUCAAAACGCCGCUCGGGUCUCUCUUAGGGGGCCGAUCAUACCGGGAUAACGCUCGACUUCGAUCAUUCUGUCUCGGAAAGCUGAAGUCGCGCGCAACCUCCAAAAAGACCGCAACCAUUUCUGGCCAGGAAAACAAGGGCUGCGACAUGUUUGAGCACCUUCUGAGUGGCCGAGACCCAGAAACAGGCGAGAGCUAUUCCCUCGGCGACUUGGCCUGCGAAAACGUGCUUCUCAUGGUAGCAGGUUCCCAGUCGACAGCCGGGGCCUUGAGCGCCAUUUUUUUCUACCUGGCACAUCACCCGGGCAAGCUCACCAGACUCAGAAACGAAAUCCACCAGGCAUUUGACUCAGAAAACGCCAUUCGCUACUCCGCCGACAGCAAACUCUCCGGUCUAUCGUAUCUACGCGCAUGUAUCGACGAGGCAAUGCGACUUUCCCCUCCAACGCCCGGGCAUCUGCCCAGGGAGAUCCUGGAAAAAGAAGGAAGUGUCAUUGACGGAUGCUGGUUCCCUCCACAGACAAAAGUAGGCAUCGCACCAUACGCACUCCACCGCAACGCUCUCUAUUUCAGCCAACCACUCAGCUUUCAUCCCGAACGUUGGACUGAAGAGCACGAGGGACGGGAAAUGCAGCCGUCGGCAUUUGCACCGUUCAGCGCCGGCGCUACGGGGUGCGUCGGGCAGAAGCUAGCCAUGAUGGAGCUGAGUCUUGUUGUGGCCCAGCUUCUUUGGCGGUUCGACCUUAGCCUCGCGUUGCAUGGCGGAGACGGGCCUGUUGAGUAUCGAAUGAGAGACUGCUUUAUCGGAGCCGGCGAGGGUCCUCGUCUGCAGCUAAUUCAGUCCCAUCCCUGA